AGAUCCUGAAAGAAAUUCCAUUUGGCUCCAGGUAUCCCUGUUGAUUACAGCCAAAGACCUGCAACCCAACAAAAAGAAUGAGUGUCCUCCUAUCAUCCUAAUUAAAUAAAUCAAGUCAGCUUCUUUCCUCCCCUAACGCUCUGGAAAGCAAUGGAAUAAUAAAAAAGAACUCCACACCUAAAGCCUGGAGACAAUAGAGGUCUGGGCUGGAAUGUGCACGUCACCCCAUGUGUGGGUUUGAAGUGCCUGCAAUGCACAGGCAAUAAGCAAAAACAAUUUCAGCACUUUGAGGAAUUAUGUGUCCUGCAAUUUGGGGUUGGGACCUAAUUAGGAACUCGCGCAUCGGGUGCCCAACGUCCCCCAGGCAAGCUCAGGGCUCUAUAAAAGCUCCCUGCACCAGGUCUCUCCAUCCACUGCUCCCAGCUCAUCCACCUCUCUCAGCUCAGCCACCUUUGGGAACCAGGUUCACUCCCAGCCCUGCAGAAUGUCCUGCUCUGACCUGUCCCUCGGCUCUGCCUGCGGCGUCCUGCGCCCCCAGCCCCUGGCUGACAGCGGCAACGAGCCCUGUGUGCGCCAGUGCCCCGACUCCAGCACCCUGAUCCAGCCACCCCCCGUGGUUGUCACCUUCCCUGGGCCCAUCCUCAGCUCCUUCCCUCAGGAUUCCGUCGUGGGAUCCGCUGGAGCCCCCGUUCUUGGGGGCUAUGGGGGCUCCCUGGGCUAUGGGGUCUAUGGGGGUUAUGGAUCCCUGGGUUAUGGGGGAUAUGGAUCCCUUGGCUAUGGGGGAUAUGGAUCCCUGGGCUAUGGGGGAUAUGGAUCCCUUGGCUAUGGGGGAUAUGGAUCCCUGGGCUAUGGGGGAUAUGGAUCCCUUGGCUAUGGGGGUUAUGGCUCCCUGGGUUAUGGCUCCCUGGGCUAUGGGGGGCUGUGGGGCUCUGGAGGCUCCUCCCUGGGCUCCCGGGGUCUGUGGGGCUCUGGCAGAUCCUAUGGCUCCUGCAGCCCCUACUCCUACAGGUCCAGCAGGUACAGCCGGGGCAGCUUCGGGCCCUGCUGA